AUGUAUGUAUUGCGCCUUACUGUGUUGGUGUCUGGCUGUGGUCGGCUGCUGCGGGGGUUACUUGCCGGCCCGACCGCGACCAGCUGGGCUUGGUCCCCAGCACGCGAGUACCGGAAAGUGGUGGAGAUCCAAGAAGGGAAGACGACUAUAGUUGCAGGCUUCGUCACAGAGACUCCCAAGGAGAGUCCACAUCCCCCUAACCCCUCUGGCCAGUGCCCCAUCUGUCGUUGGAACCUGAAGCACAAGUAUAACUAUGAGGAUGUCCUGUUCCUGAGCCAGUUCAUCCGUCCUCAUGGAGGCAUGCUGCCCCGAACAGUCACAGGCCUGUGCCAGGAGGAGCACCGCAAGAUUGAGGAGUGCAUCAAGAUGGCCCACCGCGCAGGUCUGUUACCCAAUCACAGGCCGAAGCUUCCUGAAGGGUUUGCUCCCAAGAGCAAACCCCAGCUCAACCGAUACCUGUCCGGUUGGUCUCCCAAAUCCGUCAAGCCCAUCUACAAUAAAGGCCACCGCUGGAACAAAGUGCGCAUGGCUGUGGGGUCCCCCCGGCUGAAGGACAACGUCUCCUAUUCGAGAAAGCCUUUGGUGCUGUAUCACUGA